AUGUCUGCCAUGAAGAAACAGAAGCAAUGUGUUUCCAAGGAAGAGACUCGUAUCAUUUCUUCGACUACAUCAACGAAAGUAUCAGGAGAAAACUCUGGUCAGAUCCCAACGGAUAUCAUCCUCGACAUACUUUCGAGAGUGCCUGCCAAAUCCAUAGCGAGGUUUCGUUGUAUGUCUAAAGACUGGAGCGUCACUCUCCGCCGUCCAUAUUUCACGGAUCUGUUUCUGAAGAUGUCUUCUCUUCGUCCCUGUCUCCUUUUCACUUUCCAUGCAGAGGGUAAGUGGUCCUUUUUCUCAUCACCCGAGUCUCUGUUGAUUUCAGACCAGAAGUCCUCUCGUGUAGCUGUCGACUAUCUUAGUCAUGUCCCUAUAGAUUAUCCCAUUAGAGCUUGUGUCCCUGUCUGUGGGUUGUCGUGUACUAAAGAUGAGUGGGUUUUAAGCGGAAAGAAAGAUGCUAGGAUGAUGUUAUGUAACCCUAGCACAGGAGGUUUCACUGUUUUACCCAAAGUGAAAACUAGGAGGCGUAGGAUUUUGACCUAUUUGGGUUAUGACCCGGUAGAAAAAGUAUACAAGGUAUUGUGCAUGACAUCUUGUGAAAAGCCGUUUAGUCAAAAAGCUGAACAACAUCAGGUUCUCACAUUUGGAACGGGAAAAAUGAAUUGGAGAAUGAUUGAGUGUUCAGUACCUCACUGUCCUCGUUCUAUAGAUAAUGAGAUAUGCAUAAACGGAGUUUUAUACUAUUUAGCUGAUGGAAGUGGGUCUUUGGAAACCUCUAUGCCCAUGAUAGUUUGUUUUGACAUUAGGUCUGAGAAGUUUAAGUUUAUUGUUGAUGAAGCUUUCAAGGAUAUAGAACAUCUUUCAACUCUGAUAAACUACAAGGGAAAAUUAGGUAUACUCCAUCCUAAUGCAUCAGUUUUUUCGGAUGAAAGAGCUACUGGCUUCGUGUUGUGGGUCAUAGAUGAUAUUGAGAACCAUACAUGGAGUAAGAAUAUUAUCAUGCUUCCGUCUCUGUGGUGGGGUCUAGUUGCUGGGACUAGGUUUCAUAUUGUUGGGACUACCGGUGAUAGUGAAAUCAUGUUUUCUCCAAGCGUUGUGUCCAUCCCUUUCUACAUUUUCUGCUACAACAUGGAAACGAACUCUAUCAGAAGAGUUGAAAUCCAAGGAUUAGGACCCGUCAAUGGUCAAAAAAUUUACACAUACUUAAACCAUGUGGAGAAUGUGAAACUUCUUACAUAAGUUCUUUGAAUUUAAUUUGUAAAAGCUUCAUA